UUUAUCAGUUUGAAGCUUUAAAUACGCUAAACGAAAAAAAGCAUUAUCUAAAAGGAAUAUUCCUGAUUACUAAUAGAUCCACGGCUAAGAAUCCUCAAAUCCCACCAUAAAUUGCAUCAUCGUUGUUAGCUACUACCAUAUAAAGCUGAAACCUUUUGAUUUCUGAUCAAAAGAAAACAAAAACUAUAAGUGCAUUUUGACUUGUAGAAACAGCUCAUAACUAGGAAAGCCAGUUUAAAAGUAGUCAAGACCCAGAAAGGAAGAGGCAUAGAAAGACAGAGAAAGAGUAAAGUAGAGGGGUUUUAGAGAGAAGCUGUGGGAAGAAUCAUGGCUUUAACAUGUUUUAUCACAAUUAUACUUCUAUCUUUCAUAUUUGUGUGCUCUGGAAGGCCCAUCUAUCCUCUUCCUAGUAAAAUAAGCCAUGGUAAUAGACAGCCUUUACAGACUUCUCGUCCAUAUAAUAUUGCACAUCGAGGAUCAAAUGGAGAAAUCCCUGAAGAAACUGCUGCUGCUUACAUGAGAGCCAUUGAAGAAGGAGCAGAUUUUAUAGAAACAGAUAUCCUAUCCUCCAAAGAUGGUGUUCUGAUAUGCUUCCAUGAUGUUACCCUUGAUGACACAACUGAUAUUGCACAGCAUAAGGAGUUUGCAGAUCGUAAAAGGACCUAUGAGGUUCAAGGGGUCAAUACCACUGGCUUUUUUACUGUGGAUUUUACUUUCAAAGAGCUGAAGAAAUUGCGAGUGAAGCAGAGAUACUCAUUCCGGGACCAACAAUAUAAUGGAAAGUUUCCUAUUAUCACUUUUGAAGAGUUCAUAUCAAUUGCACUGGAUGCACAGAGGGUUAUUGGGAUUUACCCAGAGAUCAAAAAUCCUGUACUUAUCAACCAGCACGUGAAAUGGCCUGGUGGUAAGCGAUUUGAGGAUGUGUUUGUUGAGACGCUCAGGAAGUAUGGUUACAAAGGUUCUUACAUGUCAAAGGAUUGGCUGAAGCAACCUGUAUUUAUCCAAUCCUUUGCUCCAACUUCCCUUGUGUAUAUAUCGAAUCUAACAGACUCGCCCAAAAUAUUCUUGAUUGAUGAUGUUACCAUUCCAACUCAAGACACUGAUCAGUCAUACUGGGAAAUCACUUCUGAUGCUUAUCUAGACUACGUUAAGGAAUAUGUGGUCGGUAUUGGACCGUGGAAGGAUACAGUGGUUCCUGUAGUAAAUAAUUAUUUGCAAGAACCUACAGAUCUUGUUGCCAGAGCACAUUCCCAUGACCUACAGGUGCACCCCUACACUUACCGGAAUGAGGAUAAGUUCUUACACUACAACUUCCAUCAAGACCCACAUGAAGAAUACGAUUUUUGGCUUAACAAGAUAGGAAUUGAUGGACUCUUUACAGACUUUACAGAGAGCCUCCAUCAUUUUCAGGAAUUGACUUCGCCACUCUCUAAAGACGACAGAGACGAUAAAAGUGCAUCCAACUUGUUGCAUGAAAUAGCAUUGUUGAUAUCUUCACAUAAAAAUUGAUGAGAAAACUGGCUUUAUUCGUUGUCAUCUUUAGGCACAAUUUCUUCAAGCAACAGUUGUUCAUAAAUAGUAGCUUCAGGCUUCUGCAUAUUGGUUUCCACGGUGAGAAUAAUUGAUGUAGUUUGAUGAUGUUUUUCAAUUAAAUAUUGCCCAAGUUCUCUGCUUUGAUGUU